AUGAAGCAUUUUCAUAUUCCAAAAUACAAGGAGAAAUACGAGAUACAUGACACCUGGCGCCGAGACGCCAUGUUUGGUGUUCUAUGCCCGUCAUCUAUGCCUAACAAACGUAAACGAGAUUUAAGUGUACCAAGCAUAAAUUUACAUCGCAACGGUCAUCUCUCAAUGGACCUCGAAACAGUCGAUACUAAAAAGUCGCGUGUCGACCGGUUGGAAGCAUCACCUUCACGUGUUAUACACAUACGAAAUAUGCCAGCAGAUGCAACUGAAAACGAGAUCGCUCUUUUUGCCAUACCUUUUGGCCUUCUUAAAAACAUGGUCCUUUCUAAAAGAAAUAAUCAAGCACUCAUUGAGAUGCACGUUUUGGAGGAAGCUGUGCAACUAGUUGCUCACUAUUUAAAGUAUCCCGUAACUUUACACGGGAAACACUUGAUCUUUCAAUUUUCUACACAUUCCCAUCUUGAACUAAUUUCAGAAAACGAUGCAAUAGUUAACGCUAUUAAGAAUGCCAACCGUGUUGUUCAGCAGGAUCUGCCGGGUGCUCAGACAGGUGUUCCUAACACUGUACUGCAUGUGGUCAUUGACAAUAUCAUGGGCCAACAAAUCAACCACAUAUUUCAUCGGUUUGGAACUAUUUUACGUGUCUUAAUUUUCUUGCGUAACAACCAAUAUCGAUGCUUGUUGGAAUUUCAAAACCAUAUCCAAGCGUUCGUUGCUAUGUUACUUCUAAACGGUCAAAAUAUUUAUACGGGUUGUUGUUCUCUUCAAGUGGAAUUUUGGAAAGCCCGAGGGCCUUUGGAAGUUCGUCGCGAGAAUGAUAAAUGCCGUGAUUAUACUGUAUCACCUCUAACGGAUGAUGAAUUAAACAGUUUACAAGCUCUCCCAGGUGGAGUAACUGCAUCGACGAAUAAUUCAACCAUUAAUUCGAUUCCUCAACCUUCUAUCGGGCAAAAUAUACCACUAGGUAAUCCGGCCGCAGCUUUCACAGCCGUCCCGCAAGCUGCAGCGUCAGGUAUCAACGAUCUUGCUAUUCAGUUAACGUUGCUUGCUCAACAAUCUGGUCUUGCAUUGACCCCUGCUGCAGCCGCAGCAACUGCCAGUUUCAUGGCUCUAACUGCGCAAAGUGGGAAUUCUGCCAUCAAUCCAACUCCAGGAACUGUUUUAAAUGCUGCAGCUCUACAAGGUCCUCGUACAGCUUUACCAACUGUACAAAACCAAACACAGCUUCUGCCAAACUUGAUUAAUCAAUCUGUGCCUAACUUGGGUCAAACUGGAACUAGUACUGUGUUAAUAGUUUCCAAUCUCAAUGAGGAGAAAGUAUAUCCAGAUGCAUUAUUCACACUCUUCGGUGUUUAUGGUGAUGUAACACGAGUCAAAAUAAUGUUCAAUAAAAAAAGUACUGCUCUUGUGCAAUUUUCAGAUUCACAACAAGCUCUUACAGCUUUGUAUCAUCUUAAUGGACAACCAUUGUAUGGAAAACCUCUAAAAAUAGCUGUUUCACGCUUUAACAUUGUCCAGUUACCAAAAGAAGAUAGUGAUGUCGGACUUACUAAAGAUUAUACCAAUAGUCCACUUCAUCGUUUUAGAAAGCCGAAUUCUAAGAAUUUCGCGAACAUUUAUGCUCCCAAUCAUGUUUUGCAUUUAAGUAAUAUACCCUCCGCAAUCACAGAAGAAGAGGUUAGAAUGAUUUUUGAAACUAAAGGAUAUCAUGUUACGGACUUUAAGUUUAUGAUGAAAGAUAAAAAGAUGGCCUUAAUUCAACUGGAAAACGUUGAUAUGGCUAUCCAAGCCUUGAUUGACCUUCACAACUGUCAGCUAACAGAAAAUUCCCAUUUGCGUAUCAGUUUCAGCAAAACAGCGAUAUAA